AUGGUGUUCGUCUACAUCAGGAUAUACUACGCGGCGAAGGCGCGUGCGAGAAGGGGCAUCAGAAAGAACCCUAGACCGAGAUCUAACGAACAGCAAACAAGUUUCUCAAAUCCAGCCAAGGGCACGCGGCCCAUGCCCGCCUCGUCCUCUAUACCUAUUCCAUCAGGAGUGGACCCAAGUAACUCCAAUAAUAACAGGGAGGGUCAGAUAUCAACAAUAGAAACUCAGCAAGUUCCAAUUCCGACGGUUACGUGCGACUUCGCAUCCGAUAUUUCUACAAGCGAAGCGGGCGACCCCGGUCCACCGCCAGCUGAUGAAAGAAAAGAUACUCUUAAGGUGGUCACGUGUGCGCAAGUGACGAGGAAUCCACUAGCAGCAUGUCCUUACAGAAGCUCCACGUUAUCUGUCAACGGGGAACUACAACUGCAGGCGCAGCGCUGCAGAGCAUCCAGCGUAGCGAUAGACACAGACAUGGUCUCUGAAUUAGAGCCUUCAUCGUCAGACUCGGGUGUAGCCACCCGUUGUGCCGUUGUCAAGCCCUUAAAGCUAAGAAUAUGCCAACCAAUCUUCGGUAAAAGGACAGACACUACUAGAAGACAGGAGAAGUCGCAUCCAACAAAAUCGGAAUUGGAGCCCGCGUUGCCUAAACAGCAUAAACCGAGAGACCCUGAAAGGGAAAAGCGAAGAUUAGCUAGAAAAAAGGAAAAGAGAGCGACAUUGAUUCUAGGUUUGAUAAUGGGUAGCUUCAUCGCUUGCUGGCUGCCGUUUUUCUUCCUUUAUAUUCUGAAAGCAGCUUGUAGGUGGUGCGUAAUACCAUCAAGCGCUUUCGCAAUCGCGUUUUGGCUGGGCUACAUGAACUCAGUGUUAAAUCCAGUUAUAUACACGAUAUUCAAUAAGGAUUUCCGAAGGGCGUUCAGGAGGAUACUGUUCAAGUGA